AAUGCAGUUGAGGUGCUGUGAAAAAUUACAGUUUGCUUUAAAAGGCGACAACAUAAUGAAGCUGACUCUACUACUGAUCGUUUGCUGUUGCCUUUUUGGGCUGGUUUUUGGCAAUCAGAUUGUGGCGACCAAGCCACCAUUUAUUCGCAGUCGCUACAGUUUGCGCUGGCGUAAGACAACCACAGUGGUUCCCGAGGCAACUACUGGAUCGGUCAAUAACGCAGUCACCACCACCACCACCACCGAUCAUCCCAAGUUGGCCACCUCAACUGCCAACGCGGACUACGAUUAUUAUGGCAAUGGUGAGGCCGAAAAUGUGGUACACAAGUAAUUGCUAGGAAAUUAACAACGAAAUAUAUAACUAUAUAUAAAUAUACUUCUUCAAACAAAUCAUUGAUUAGUCAAAGCGGUAUUGAAAUCCUUGUAAAGUGAGUGGAGAACUCCGAAGCUAUACUUUAAUCAGAGGAUGCAACUAAAUAAUCAGAUUUAUAUUAUUAUAUAUUUUAAAGUAUUCCAUUUUAAAAUUAUGCGAAAAAUAAAAAUUAGAAUUGUUUCCAAUCUUUAAUA